CGGCCAUCUUCCUAAAACACAAACAAGAGCAGCGAGUAGACAAGAGCUAUCAACGCACAGCGACCGUCGGAGAGAGCAAAUACACACAAUAUAGCUAUUAUACACAAUCUAAUGAGGAUUAUAGCGCGGUUUUAGAGUACGCCAGCAGCCGGACACCACAAUCCCAUGUGUGAAAAACGAGAGGUCUGGAAGUAAAUAUAUAUAAAUAUAUAUAGAAGUUUGCGCUUUUGGAGCUGCAGAAAAACACGAGGUGGGAGCAGAGUUGGCGGCGUGAGAGGGGUUGACUGGCGGGGCCUGGUCAUACAGCGUUUCAACCGGAGGGAGAGGAGGAGAAGGAGGAGGAAGGAGGGAGAGCAGAGAAGGAAAGGAAGACCCGAGGAACACUUUCACGGUCACCUGCUUUAGACAGCUGUGUUGCCAGCUGAUCAAAUUUUGGUUUUUCUUCAUAGCGUUGGAUUUCUGCAGCUCUGCUUGGAUUUUAUUGUCAGUAUCAAAGUGUUGCUGUUAUCACUCAGUUAUUGUUAGUGUUUUAUUAUUAUUUUUUUCCCCUCAGCAUUUUUUCAGGGGUUUUUUUUUGGGAAUGUUUUUAUUUGUUUCUGUACUGUGAACAGGGGAUUUCACAUCUGAUCUAAACAGAUUUGUCCUUUUUCCUCCUGUACACACCCAGUAUAAGGCAGCUAUUUCGCUAUUCUUUGGAAAUCUUAAACUACACCUACCUUAUUCAUAGCCACAAUCCACACGCUGUCUCUCACACACGCACAAACACACAUACACCACUCAGCCUUCUCACCUAAGACUGGUCCAGCCUGGUCUUGCCUGAUCCGCUGCCCUGGACAGGAUUCAGCUCCAAGAGGAAGGGAGGAAUAUGACAGCAGAGACACUCAAUUUCGGCCCAGAAUGGCUCCGUGCACUUUCCAGUGGAGGCAGUGUGACUUCCCCUCCUCCCUCUCCCGCUAUGCCAAAGUACAAGCUGGCCGAAUAUCGCUAUGGCCGAGAGGAGAUGUUAGCACUUUAUGUCAAAGACAACAAGAUACCAGAGGACAUGCAGGAUAAGGUGUUUGCUGCUAUACUGCAGGAUGAACCUCAGCAACCUCUGGCACUGGUGCCUCUUACUGAGGAAGAACAGCGGAAUUUUUCCAUGUCUGUCAACAGUGUGGCUGUGCUGAGGCUCAUGGGUAAAGGGGGUGGGGCCAUUCCUGCUAGUAUGGCCCGUGGCAGAGGCAGUGUGAGAGGUGGCCGAGGCAGGGGCCGUGGAGAAAGUGGGUUUUACCAAAGAAGUACUGAGGAAGGAGAGGUGGGCUUCAGCAGGAGUGUGAGGGAGAUCCACCGUAGCCAGAGCUGGGAUGACCGGGGUGAGCGGCGCUUUGAGAAGCCUCUGCGUAGGGAGGGGCUGCGUGUUGGCUUUGAGGAUGUGAGCUCUGCGGUGAGGAAAGAGUUCAUGCGUUCAGAUAGUGAUAACUGGCGCACGCUGCGAGAGGAGCAUGAGCUGGAGGAGGCUGGAGAGACAGGAGGCAGCUGGAGACUGGCUGGCUCACGCCGAGAUGAUGGUGGUCCCCGUUCAGCAGGCUGGCGGGAGCAUGGCGAGGUCCGAAGAAGAAAGUUUGACUUUGAUUUCCGGGACGGAGGGAUUGAAGGAGGAAGAAGGAGAGCAGGUAGUGAAGGAGCAGAGGAAGAGAGAGAUGGACUGCCAGAGUGGUGCACUGAUGAAGAAGAUGGUGAGAUGGGAACCUUCGACUCUUCUGGCGCUUUCAUGCCCCUCAAGGUGUGUUCGAAUGUACAACCAUCUUUGUAUGUAGCUGACAAUUUUGUACAAACGUUACAUGCUAAGACUCUUAUUUUUCUUAUUUAUCCACCUAUCGUCAUCCUUUGUCUCUCUCUAACGUUACAUACACACAUUCAGAAGGGCUCCAAGGAUCCUAUUCCAGAAGAGGAGUUUGAUUUUCAGGGUUUAGAAGACGAGGACGAGGAUGGUACAGACGGAGAGAAGGACAGCAGUAAUGGUGACAAAGCUGAAAGAGAUGAGACCGACUCUGCAGCUAUGUGUGAGGUGGAGGUGAAAUCUCUCCCUCCCUCUUCUCCUUCCUCCAUGCACCUCAUUGCUCCUCAGGCCGAGCCCGUGCCCGUGCCCGCUGCUGCCCCCAUUUGUCUGGAAGAUCCUCAGCCCACACCUACCAUGCCCAGCAAGAUGCCAAGUGAAGUGUUAUCAGAGCCAGUGUCUGAGCUGAGCCCUAGUGCCUCCUCCAGUCUGCCUUCAUCCCCUCCUUCCGCUUCCUCUGCUGCUACUGACCUCCCACCAACGGGAGGUGACCCUGAGGAUGACGAGGGCAUGAAGCACCUGCAGCAGGAGGCAGAGAAAAUGGUUGCAGCUCUUCAGGACACAUCUCUGGAGGAAGAGUGUUUCACCCAGACACUGCAGGAGAGCAGAAACACUGCAGCUGCCCUGCCUCUCUCUCAUGAUUCUGCCAUGAAGUGGUUCUACAAAGACCCCCAGGGAGAGAUUCAGGGUCCCUUUAGCACAGUGGAGAUGUGCGAGUGGUUCCAAGCAGGCUACUUCAGCAUGACUUUGCUGGUGAAGCGUGGCUGUGACGAGGGCUUCCAGCCUCUGGGUGAUGUUAUUAAGAUGUGGGGGCGAGUGCCCUUUGCACCAGGCCCUUCCCCACCGCCACUGCUGUGUAAUCUGGAUCAGGACCGGCUGAAGAAGCAGCAAGAGUUGGCUACAGCUGCUCUCUACCAGCAACUGCAACAGCAUCAGCUUUUCCAACUCAUUAACAGGUGCGGAGAGCAGGGUAUGAUGCCUUCAAUGAACAGAUCGAUGUCAGUGCCAGAUACAGGGUCCAUGUGGGACAUGCAUACCUCAGCCUCACAGCCGACAGGUGGUGAGGCCAGUCUAUGGGACUUAACAAUGAAUUCUUCAACUCAGGGUCCAACUCUUGAACAGCUUCAGAAGCUCCAGGAGAGAAGAGAGGCUGAACUCAGGGCUAAGCGGGAAGAGGAAGAGAGAAAAAGAAGGGAAGAAAAGAGGAGACAGCAGCAGGAAGAACAGAAGAGGAGAGAGGAGGAAGAGCUCUUCAGGCGUAAACAGCAGGAGCUUCUGAUGAAGUUACUACAGCAGGCUCCACGUCAGGCGGCUGCUGGCACAGGCUCAGGCUGGAGUGCAGGCUCUGUACCUGGACUAGGGAAGCAGGGCAAGUCCAUUAACACGCUGGAGAUUCAACAGGACACUGAGAGACUCUAUAAACAGCAGCAAAGAGCCCAACAGCAGCGAUGGGCUACAGAGGGUCUGUGGGGUUCUGCUGGCAUGGAUGGGAAGGCAGCUGGUGGCAGUAGUCCCUCAGGAGGCAGCAUGGGGGUUUGGGACGAGGCACUAAAGAACCAGAGUGCCCUCCGCAGUGGCAUGGGCCUGAAGAACAGCCGAAGUAGCCCCUCACUCAGUGAUCAAUAUUUGAUGAUGAAUCGCCGCAAAAAAACGGAGGAUGAAGAGCGCUUACUGAAGCUUUUGCAGGGGAUGAAGGCUCAGGACGGUUUUACCACAUGGUGUGAGCAGAUGUUGCAUGCCCUUAACACCUCUGCCAACAACUCAAACUCCUCCCUGGAUGUGGCCACUAUUGUGGCAUAUCUGAAGGAGGUGGAGUCGCCGUACGAGGUGCUGGACUUUAUUCGCUCCUAUCUGGGUGACACUGUGGAAGCCAAAGAGUUUGCCAAGCAGUUUCUGGAACGCCGUGCCAAACAGAAAGCCAACCAUCAGAGGCAGCAGCAGCUCUCUAAGGAGGUGGGUGGACUGACCAUGAACAGCUUUCCUUUGCAGGAUUCAAUGAGGGGUAUGAACCCUGCUGCUUUGCAGUCCAUGUUCCAGGCAGUGCAUUCUGGGAAGGGAGGGAUGGGCUACGACCAGGCAGGAAAGCUGAAGAAGAAACAGCCCAUGAUGCUGCAUUCUGAUCCUAGCAUCUUAGGUUAUUCAUUCCAUGGUGCAGGGGAUCGGAUGAGCCUGAGUGAGAUGGAGAUGGUGGAGGAUUACUGAGUCCACAGCAAUAGCUACCUGAGGCCUUUUUCUGCGGGUCCAACUAAUCAGACUCCGCAAGUCCAAUGUGCACUGCUGGGGAUUGGGGGGAGGGAGGGGUGAAGAGCCAGUACAAACAGAGAGAGGGUGUGUGUGUGUGUAUGUGUGUGUGAAGGGGAAACUGCAGCUGAAGUAUAAAUUUACAGCUUCAGGCUUCCUCUGUAGUGGUGUGGUGAGGAAAAGGGUGAUAUUUGGGGGUGAUUAAACUUCUGGCACUUACACAAUAAGCACCUUAUUCAAACUAAUGCACUUUAUGAAGGUGGUAUAUAGAUAGGUGUUGUGUUUUUUUGUUUGUUUGUUUUUUUCUUUUUUUUUUAAAGAAGGUUUUACAUGUUAGAUAUGUUGUAUGGAUUCAGAUAUAUUCCCACUAUAUAUAUAUAUAUAUAUAUAUAUAUAUAUAUAUAUAUAUAUAUAUAUAUAUAUAUAUAAAUGAAUGAAUGAAUGAAUGAGAUGUGUGUUUGUGUGUCUGACUAAAACUGGACAUUGUGAUGAUUGAGAUUUGAAAUGGGGACCGUCCUGUUAAAGUCCUAUGAGAAAAAGACAUUUCUUUGAAGACAAACACUGUUUAUUUUUUUUCCUUUUGUUCUUUAUUAAAAAAAAGUUUCUAUAAAAAGCUAUAUAAAAUAAUAAGAUUUUUGCUCAAAAAACUUGAAGAUUUGCACUUGUAUAAAAAAAAAUGAGAAAAUGACAAAAAAUGGGUUAGGAUCUAUGUUAUGGAGAAUAAUAUUUUUGUGUGUGACUGAAUGAGUGUGUCUGUCUGUUUAACGCAUACUGGUCUGCACAUUAUUUUUUUUUUUUUUGGCAUUACUUACAAGAUGUAUAAAAUGGAAAAGAAAAGAGGCCAUUUUUGUUUUCUUCCCCUCUCCAAGCAAAUUAGAAUUUUGUACUUGGUGAGUGAAAAUGUGUAAGAGAGAAUGUAUGUUUGUGUGUGAAUGUAAAUUUGCAUCAUGUUUGUGUAUUUGACUGAGGGGGGACAGAGGGCAAUGGCACAACCCAUCCUUUUUUCUGUCAUUUCCUCAUCCCCAGAUGGAUGUGAGAGCUGUAGAUGCAACCAGAAAAAAAGCUUUAGCUUCUUUUAUACUCAGCAGUGCUGUGCAUGCAAGUGUUUUUUUUUUCCUUUUCCCCCUCUUCUGUCCACCACCCAUAUCAGUGCCUCUAGUAGGCUUAUGGGCCAAGUCUUGAGGUUAUUUGUGUAUGUGUGCAUCCAUGUGUGUGUGUGCGAGAGUGAGUGAAUGAAUUUCUGUCCACACAUGUGCCUAAGAACUUAAAAGGGCGAGUAGUUGGAGUUCAUUGCUGCCAUUGAGACAUUAUUUUUUCGGAGUGUGUCUCAGUAAAGACCCCACUCCCGUGCUUAUAAACCAAGAGCUUUGUGCGUUGUGCACACCAUUCUCUGUAGUUCUUCUAGUGUAGCCUGGGGAUAGUCCAUUGACGGGAUUGUCCACUUUUUUGGGGGGGAUGUGGCUCACAUUGCCUUGUUGUCCACUCUCUUACUCCUGAGCAAGUGACUGACUGGCUUAAAUAGAUCCCAUCAAACUGUGCAUGUGCACAAAAAUGUGCACAAAAUGUUCAUAAUGUUACCUGUUUGUUGUUGACUCUGUUAAAGCAUAUAUGUAUCUCUAAUAUACACAUAUACACACAAGUUAAAAGUAUUUGGACUACAAACGAGCACUUGGGGCUGCUACUUUUUUAUUAUUUUUGAAAUGUUUUUCCUGUAGUUUUUAGUUUCAUUGCCACCAUGUGAAGUGUGUUGUGUCUUUUUACAAAAAAAAUAUUGAAUGUAUUCCAAAAAAGGUGAAAAAAAAAAAUAACAAAAAACAGUGAAGCCGGAUUGGUUUUUUUGUUUUGUUUUGUUUUUCUAAUAACUUCAUCGCAAAAGCGAAAGCGUAGUCGGACAUCGGAAUGGAGCAGAAGGCAUCUUUUUCAUAAGCCUCUUCAGCAAGAAUCAAGACGACUACCGCCAGAAGACACUGCCUCUACAAUCCUAUUCAUAUAGACAUUAUGACUAUGAUGAUGAUGAGAGAAAAAAAAAUCUAUUCCAUACUGGAGUUUUGGUUGUUUACAGAAAAACACUUGGACUUUUCUGGGUGCGUGGUUUCCUUUUUUGGAGGGUGGGUCACUCAAUUUAGAAACAUUGGGGAGGAGGUGCUGUAGUCAUCACAUGACCGUGUGCCCCCACGUCCUUGUUGUGAAGCAGAAAGUCUCCAUACUUGUGACUUUGGGGAUUGGGUGCUGAGACAAGCAGUUAUUACAAAGCUGACCAUAUUUUGUUUACUGAAUUUGUUGAAUAUGUUUUUUGAUUUUUUGAUUUUUUUUUUCCGCAGUGGAUUUAAAUACUCUUUCAGCCAGAAAAAAAAAAGUUUGUGUUCCUGGAAAAAAAAAUUCAAAAACAGCACAGACCAUUUUCUUUUCGGUACUUUCAAAUGCACGAAUGCGAUUUGUUGAUGCUUUAAGAGAUUUUGUUUUGUUUUUUUUCUUUCCCAGAGUAUCUAACUGGCCUCUAGGUUUUGAUUUUGCUUUAGAAAUGUUUAAUGAAACAUACAAAGAUGGACAUGUCUGUGACGUGUUGUAAAGUACAGAAGAACAUGAGGGACAUUCAUGACCUCACCUCUGUCCUCAUAGCCUGGGGACUGGGACUUUAAUUAGCCUUUCUGUUUCCAUGCGGGCAAAGGGAGCAUCUCAGCAGUUGACGGCGAGCGAAGAUCACUGCCUCGAUGCUCUCACUAUGCACUUUUCACACUCAAAACUGUGAGGAACCUGUGGGGACACAUAGAGGAAGACCGAGGGCGCUGUUGAAGCAUGGCUGACCGGACACUUUAAAACCAGCUAAGGCCCCUCCAGUGAGAACCUCACCAGGCAUGUUGUUCCCAUGUACAUAAGUGAUGCUGUUAUUUUUGUUUGUUUGUUUGUUUUUUGUCCUUUUAACUCUGCAAUUCUUAGGACUGAACAUAAUCUUGAUCACACCAAUGAAGUAGGCUAAUAAGACAUCAGACAUUUUGAAUGUUAUGGAAUACGUUCAACUCCAUGUUCUGCCUUUUGGAGAUUUCCUGAGGAUGCACUCAAGCUGCAGGAAAGAACAUUUAUAUACCGCUUGUUUCUGGCUGACGAACAGACUAUUUCAGCGGAUUCUUAAGUCAAGUCCAGAAGCUUUUAUUCUGCACAGCGAUUGAGGAGUAGACAAGUAUUUGAGGAGAUAAACAGAGCUUCUGCACAGCUGUGGAUUCAUUUCAGCGUGGAGUCGCCUGUGACUGCAGCAGCAGAACUGUCUGUCCGACCAGUGUACCUGAGCUUCUGCCAUGGACAGUGGCCAGCUUUUCUUUUCUUUUUCAUUCUUUUUCUUCCUGAUCUGAUCUUUUAUACUUUCUACACUCCCUGCUCUCUCCCCCUCUCUCUCUCUCUGUCUCUCUCUGUCUCUCUCUAUCUCUGAGGAAGGCCACCAACGCUACCUGCUCUAAGACCUCAACCGCUUUCCAGUGUGGUGUGAAGUGACUGAACCGAUAGCAGUGCGAUGUACCUCCAUGACUUGCUGGCUCCCCCAGUAGGUGAUCAUCGUUGUAUGUCUAAGCAGAGCGUGGGAUACUGGAACUCUGGAACUGUGACAGUCGAUACGUGUACAGACUGUUGAAGUCCAUAUUGCAUACAUGGCUUACACACGUCGAGGUUUGCUGAGCAUGGUCAUCAUCAUCCAGUAACAAACGCAAUCUUCUCUUCCUUCGACUACUUGAUUAAACCGUAUUCAAACACAGACUUCAUCCCCAUGGCUACUGGCUGCCGUGUAAACUGUAUAUGCAAUUACUGCUUUUCUGUCACGUGUGAUUUUCUUUCCCCCUUUAGGACAUGCCUUAAUUGUACAGACAAGCCUGUACUUCGGGGGACAGAUGCUUAACCUGUUCAGUUAACCUGGUUUUACUCCCGUCUUUAUUCCUGAACUAAAUAAGUCAUUAAGUAGCUUGAUCAGAGUUUUGGUUGAGGAUUAGAUAUGACGUGUAAAUGAUUUACAAAUCCCGUCAGCACUAAAUUUAACGCAUCGAAAGGCAUCCUGUCAGUUUAGAUAGAGAAGGGUGGUCGAGUCAGGCUAAUUCUAACUAAAUCGUUUGAAACUUAUUUAUGUUACAGAACAUUCAGCAUGGUGGAAAAAAUAUGUUUUAAUAUCAUGUAGUUUGGGGUGAUUAGUAGUGGAAUUAACUGAAAUUACUGUCUAACUCUGGUGGCCCGUUUUGGCCUCUUUUUGGACAAGUGGUUGAGCUGGAACACGGUGCCGUUGCUGUUAAGAGUAACGAAUGCUGUAACGAUUUAUCUGACAAUAGUUCAGAAACCAUUGGAGUUCUUAUGUGCAUGAUGCCCUUUUAUUAUGAGUGGUGAUUGAUUAAGCUAGAUAGUUUAAUGAGAUUAUGAUUGGCGCGAGUAGGAUGAUGGAUUACCGUGCCCGAGUGGCCCUGUUUUAUUAAAGAUUGUGUAUUAUCUUCAAGGACAAAAGUUGCAGUCACAUGUACCCGUGCUAGCAAUGGGCUUGAUCAUAAUCUGACACAAAAAAUACAAAAAAAAUAACCUAUCCUUCAAAUCUAACACUUGAGUAAUGACUGCAGGAACAUCUGACGUUUCUCAGAUAUUUCUCAGCUCCCAUAGUUUUAGUACGAAGGGAAAUCAUCAGUAUUGAGUCGGAAUCUCUGUCGUCAUGUCAUUUGCAUGUAACCUGUAGUGGAGGAGAUGCAAUCAUCCAUUUGCUUCUUCCCAUUCUGCUUGUUAAGUUUGUCCUGUAGCUUAACUUUUAAAAUCCUACAGAUAACGGUGAAAUCGUACUACAAAUGAAAUAACAUGCAGAUUAAUACGAGUGUAAAUAGUUUGGGUUUUGUUUGAAAAAUGAGUACUUAAUAAAUGAUUAUCAUUAA